CGAUUCGUAUAUCAUGCUCCGCCGCGGGCGACUGCAAUUAUACCCCUCGCCUCCUCUUCCCCUCCCCUCAUCUCAUCUUCCACCACUCUCCUUCCUUCCUUCUUCAACACCGGCGAACAGCACAGCGAACGGGCGCGCCAGCAACUAUGGCGAGCAACAGCCGCCCCAGCACCGCGGGUACUUUGAACGAGAAGGGGAAGCCUAAGGGCAAAGGAUUGUUUGGGAGGAACAAGAAGCAUGUAGCGGCCUCCGAGCCUGCGGAGUCGCUCAACGACGAGAAGGCGGAGAAGGCGUCGGCGACGAAUGGGGCGCCCUCGCUGGAGACGCAACCGGUCCCAGUGCUCCCUGAGGAGGUGCAACCUGUCUCGUUCACCGAGCUCUUCAGGUUCUCCACCAAGUUUGAGCUCACACUCAAUGCCAUUGGGCUCGUCGCUGCCGCGGCGUCUGGCGCUGCCCAGCCCCUCAUGAGUUUGCUCUUCGGCAACCUCACCCAGGACUUCGUCACUUUCCAGAUGAUGGUCAUCUCUGCGCAGAACGGCGAUGCUGAAGCCGCGGCUCAAAUUCCCCAGGCGGCAGCGAACUUCAGGCACUCCUCCAGCCUCAACGCGAGCUACCUGGUCUAUAUCGGUAUCGGCAUGAUGGUCUGCGUGUACAUCUACAUGGUCGGCUGGGUGUACACCGGCGAGGUCAACGCGAAGCGCCUGCGCGAGUCCUACCUCAGGGCCACACUUCGCCAGGACAUCGCUUACUUCGAUAACGUCGGCGCCGGCGAGAUUGCGACGCGCAUUCAGACCGAUACUCACUUGGUACAGCAGGGCACCUCGGAGAAGGUCGCGCUCGUGGUUAGCUUCCUCGCUGCCUUCGUCACUGGUUUCGUCCUCGCAUACGUCCGGUCAUGGCGCCUCGCACUCGCGAUGUCGUCCAUCAUCCCGUGCAUUGCCAUCACCGGUGGUGUUAUGAACAAGUUCGUCUCGAAGUAUAUGCAGCUCUCGCUCAAGCAUGUCGCCGAAGGUGGCAGCGUCGCUGAGGAGGUCAUCUCCACCGUCCGCACCGCUCAGGCGUUCGGCACUCAGAAGAUCCUCUCUGCGAUCUACGACGUGCACAGCAACAACGCGGAGGCCGUCGACCUCAAGGCCGCCAUCGCGCACGGCGCUGGUCUAUCCUGCUUUUUCUUCGUCAUCUACAGCUCCUACGCGCUCGCCUUCGACUUCGGCACCACCCUCAUCGGCCGCGGUGAGGCCGAUGCGGGUAUCGUAGUAAACGUCUUCUUCGCCAUCCUCAUCGGCUCCUUCUCCCUCGCCCUGCUUGCGCCCGAGAUGCAAGCCAUCACGCACGCUCGCGGCGCCGCUGCCAAGCUCUACGCCACCAUCGACCGCAUUCCGGAUAUCGACUCGUACAGCACGGAGGGCCUCAAGCCGGACACCGUUCACGGCGACAUCGUGCUCGAGAACGUCAAGUUCAGCUACCCUUCGCGCCCGACCGUCCCCGUCGUGCGCGGCGUCAACCUGCACUUCAAGGCUGGCCAGACUUGCGCGCUCGUCGGUGCCUCCGGUUCCGGCAAGUCGACCGCGAUCUCUCUUAUCGAGCGUUUCUACGAUCCGUCGGAAGGUGUUGUGAAGCUUGAUGGUGUGAACCUGAAGGACCUCAACAUUAAGUGGUUGCGCAGCCAGAUCGGUCUUGUGGGUCAGGAGCCGACUCUGUUCGCGACGACGAUUAGGAACAACGUCGCGCACGGUCUUAUCAACACGCCCUAUGAGCAUGCCUCUGACGAGGAGAAGUUCGAGCUGAUUAAGAAGGCCUGCAUCGAAGCGAACGCCGACGGCUUCAUCUCCAAGCUCCCCGAGGGCUACGACACCAUGGUCGGCGAGCGCGCCAUGCUCCUCUCCGGUGGACAGAAGCAGCGCAUCGCCAUCGCCCGCGCCAUCGUCUCCGACCCCCGCAUCCUCCUCCUCGACGAGGCCACCUCCGCGCUCGACACCCAGUCCGAGGGCAUCGUCCAGGACGCGCUCGACAAGGCCUCCCAGGGCCGCACGACCAUCACCAUCGCGCAUCGUCUCUCGACCAUCAAGGACGCGGACCAGAUCUUCGUCAUGGGCGACGGCCUCGUGCUCGAGCAGGGCACGCACAACGAGCUGCUCGAGAAGGAGGGCGCGUACGCGCGGCUCGUGCAGGCGCAGAAGAUCCGCGAGGUGGUCGAGCCGACGCGCGUCGAGACGGACGACGGCACGAUCAACGUCGAGGACGCGGCGCCCGAGGAUAUGGAGAAGGCCGCGGCGGAGGAGGUCCCCCUUGGGCGCCAGCAGUCGAAUGUCAGUGGCCGCUCGCUCGCGAGUGAGAUCUUGGAGAAGCGCCAUGCGGAGAAGGCUGGCAAGAAGCAGAAGUACUCGGCGUACCAGCUGUUCAAGCGGAUGGCGGCGAUCAACUCGGACAGCUACACUCUCUAUGGCCUCGGUAUCAUUGCUGCCAUUGCCACUGGUGCUGUUUACCCUGCCUUUGGUAUUGUGUUCUCCCAGGCUAUCGGCGGGUUCUCGCUCACCGACUGGCACGCUAAGCGUCACGCCGGCGACCGUAACGCGCUCUGGUUCUUCCUCAUCGCUCUCGUCUCCAUGGUCUGCAUCGGCGUGCAGAACUACUCGUUCGCUGCCUCUGCGUCCAAGCUGUCCGCGCGCCUCCGUUCGCUCUCCUUCAAGUCCAUCCUCCGCCAGGACAUCGAAUUCUUCGAUGAGGAGAGCCACAGCACGGGUAGCUUGGUGUCGAACCUGAGCGACAACCCGCAGAAGGUCAACGGACUUGCUGGUGUGACGCUCGGUGCGAUUGUGCAGAGUAUGUCGACGAUUAUCGUGGGCUUCAUCAUCGGGACGGUCUACGCGUACCAAGUCGGUCUCGUUGGCUUCGCUUGCACGCCGCUUUUGAUCUCGACUGGUUACAUUCGUCUGCGCGUUGUCGUCCUCAAGGACCAGACCAACAAGGCCGCGCACGAGGAGUCUGCUCAGCUCGCCUGCGAGGCCGCUGGCGCUAUCCGCACCGUCGCGUCCUUAACUCGCGAGGACGACUGUCUCGACAUGUACAGCAAGUCACUCGAGGAGCCUCUGCGCAAGUCCAACCGCACCGCUAUCUGGUCCAACCUCCUCUACGCCCUCUCGCAGUCCAUCGGCUUCUACGUCAUCGCCCUCGUCUUCUGGUGGGGCGCGCACCUCGUCUCGCAGCAGAAGAUCUCCGCGACAAACUUCUACGUCGGCCUCAUGAGCACGACUUUCGGCGCGAUCCAGGCCGGCAACGUCUUCUCCUUCGUGCCUGAUGUGUCGUCCGCGAAGGGCUCGGCGGAGGACAUCCUCGAGCUGCUCGACUCGCAGCCGGAGAUCGACGCGGACUCGCAGGAGGGGAAGAAGAUCACGCGCGAGACGACGAAGGGGCACAUCCGCUUCGAGAACGUGCACUUCCGCUACCCGACGCGGCCGGGCAUCCGCGUGCUGCGCGACCUGACCUUGGACAUCGAGCCGGGCACGUAUGUUGCGCUUGUCGGUGCUAGUGGAUGCGGCAAGUCGACGACGAUCCAGCUUAUUGAGCGCUUCUAUGACCCGCUGUCUGGCAAUGUCUACUUGGAUGGCGAGAAGAUCUCGGACUUGAACGUUGCGGAGUACCGCAAGCAGAUCGCGCUCGUGUCUCAGGAGCCGACCUUGUACGCCGGUACCGUGCGCUUCAACAUCCUCCUCGGUGCCAUCAAGCCGGAGUCGGAAGUCACGCAAGAGGAGAUCGAGGAGGCUUGCCGCAAGGCCAACAUCCUCGAGUUCAUCCAGAGCUUGCCCAACGGUUUCGACACGGAGGUCGGUGGCAAGGGUAGCCAGCUUUCCGGUGGUCAGAAGCAGCGUAUCGCCAUCGCGCGUGCGUUGCUGCGCAACCCGAAGGUCUUGCUCCUCGACGAGGCUACUUCCGCUCUGGAUUCCAACUCCGAGAAGGUUGUGCAGGCCGCGCUCGACGAGGCUGCCAAGGGCCGUACGACGCUCGCCAUCGCGCACAGACUUUCGACCAUCCAGAACGCGGACAGGAUUUACUUCAUCAAGGAGGGCCGCGUAAGCGAGGCGGGCACGCACGACCAGCUCAUCGCUCGCAAGGGCGACUACUACGAAUACGUGCAGCUGCAAGCCUUGAGCAAGCGCGACUAGAGCCUUGCUUCGCCCUACCCUAUCCCUCGUCGUACUCCUGCUAUCGUUAAUGCCUAAUGCUGUCGAUCACGCUGCACACGUCCCCACACCCUACACUUUUCACGCUUUUUACACCCUUCACGCCUUCACGCAUCUUUCUACUAUUAUCUUCUCCAGCUCGCAUCACUUUUACACUCUGAACCGUUAGUACAUCAUACCUCAUGGAUCGCCUAUGGAGAGGGCCAUUGUAGGAUAGUAAUUUACGGAUAUAUCCCCGGGGCUUUUGGUACGUAUACCGAGUAGGUACAUACACUGUUAGGCGUACAAGUUAGAAUAUAAACGCCUUGACGGCCUCGUUGACGGUAUAUCCAGCUCGACUGCUUGUCUCGACUGUCGCGAGCAGGCCACGGCAGUCAGAGCUUACGCAGUACUAGUGUAGUAGUCUUUCCGUUCACGUUCAACAAAUCCUGCCAUCCUCAAUCUACCCUAAGGUACGUGGC